AUGGCCAGCCUCAAGACCGGCUGGUUCUAUGCGGGCGUGGGACUCCCUUUUGUCGUGGGCAUGUGGCUUCUCAUCCCCGAAACAACAGGACGGUCCGCUGCCGAGCUGGACGAAUUUUUGGAGGCCAAGGUGAAGCCGUGGCGCUUUCAUAAAACGAUCACCGCAGUUCAACGCGCCCUUGAGGAAGAGAAGAGGUAG